GGCAAAACGAGUUUGGAAUAUGGUGAGGAAUGAUAGCACUCCUGAUAGGAAGAAAUAUUUAGGUAUACUUUUGACUUAUGAAAGAAAAAUAAAUCCUCAGACUCAAGAAGAAUAUGAUUUUCAUACCGACGAAUAUGUCAACUGCCUUAAAAAAGCAUAUAACGAAAAUAUUGCUCAAAAAUAUAUUAAAGAAUAUCUAACCGAACGGGCUACAAGGUACAAGGAAUAUAUAUAUUAUUCUCCUAGUGAUUGGGCAGAAAUGAAGAAAUACCAGUUAUAUAAUCGCCUAAAUACUGUAGCAUAUAUAGUUGCUUUUAUAGUAUUACAUCAGCAAGGCUAUAGAAUCGUUACAUAUGGUGAUUGGUCUUAUAUGUUAAAGUGGCUAUCGAAUCCUGAAUAUUACCGUAUUAAUGAAUAUUAUAACAAUGGCAAUGUAAACUUUGUUAAAAGUUCAGAAUAUGCGCAUUAUAGAUGUAAAAUAACAGGCAAACCAUAUCCAUGUGAUUCGCUAGAAAUUGACUAUUUUAAAUCUGAAUAUGGUUUUACUAUUGAGGGAAAGUUUAACAUUAUAGAUUUCUCAGAUUCAAAUA